GCCAGCCGUUCUGAAAAAUACCACCGGCUAUGCCCAUCGCACACGAGACUCCCGGUCGGCCUUCAAACCACCUACUCCAUCAGAGGCCGUCGACGAGCUGCGCGCAUCGAAAAAACCGCCAAACCACCUUCUAAUCAUCGUUGAAUUAUCACCAGCAAACCAAAGCUCCGUACCAAGCCACCUUUGGCAACCCCCGCGCCCGCAGAGGCGCCAUUUCUCUGCAAAUUUCCAAUCACCAUAGACCUUUCGACUUUGAAUUUUUCACACGUCCACUUUUGCUUGUUAGGAAGGGCGCACCGCGCCGCAGGUCGAUCUGCCUGUCGCUCCCCACACUCCCUCCGUAAGCACCGUAGCACGACCAGUUAUCUCGACACAUCGCGGCGUAAUCCAAAAAAUCCAAGUCCCCUUGGAUUCGACGCGCCGCAUCGCAAUCGCAACGUCGAUUCCCUUUCGCGUCAUCCGAUUGACUUUGGUCUAGCUCGACCCCACGUCAACUUCCACCCGGCAGACGCGCCGAGUUUCUCGAGCACAAUUUUUCAGCUCCCGCGUCGAACCCCCAUCAAUAUUUUGGGACGCGAUUUGAAUUUGACGCGCAUAUUGUCACAUCGACCCUCGCUAUGCGCCCGAUGAUACAAUAGCCUUUGAGAUCACCAACCUUGAUCUCCCGCGAUUUCGAUUGGAUACGUCAACGGCCAAAAUGGCCUCGGUCCAGACCAUGCCUGCGGCUCAGCAGCAGUCCCAGCAGGGACAGCAGCCUGUCCCCCAACAGGCUCAGAUCCCCGGACAGCAACCACAACACCAGGGGACAGCAAUGCCUGCGUCACUAGGCCAGCAACAACUGUCGGAAAUGCUGUUUCGGUAUCAGCAACUAAAGAAGCAAGGAGUUCCGCCUAACAACCCCGAAUUCGCCCGACUGUCACAGAUUCUCCAUAACUUCCAACAACAACAAAAGAUGCGAAAGCAAGCGCAGCAACAACAGCAGCACCAGCAGCAGAUGCAGAUGCAACAUUCGGCAACCAACGGUAGCUCGAUUGGUGCCCCCUCCGAAGCGACGCACGAACAGGCCCCCCCUAAAGCUAACCAGCCUCAACCAAGUUCUGCUUCCGACUCUGGUCACCCGACACCAUCGAAUAAUGCGGCCGCCCCCAUCACAUCUGCUUCACCGUCUGCCGCCCCAAGAUCCAGCGGCGCUUUUACACCACAGCAGCUCAAGCUUCUUCGAACGCAGUUUAAGACUUUUGGGUUUCUCAGGAAGAACGCAGGGGUGCCUCUGCAUCUACAGCAAGUGAUAGCAGCAGCGCGUAAGCAGAGGCAAGCAGCUAUCGCCGAGCAACAUGCAGGAGCAACGCCGACUGCUGGUGCCAAGGUAAGUCCUGGCACCGUAGUGCCCCCGGCUCUGCCUAACGGUGCUGAUGCUUCCCAGUCACCCGCCGUUGAGGAGCCCAAGCAGCCGGGCUUCACGAGCUUCAAGGACCCUUAUACCGAGGGCGUCAUCCGCAAGUCCAUCAGCUAUUUUGAGCAUGGCCAACGUAGCAAUCGGCCAUUUGUACCUGGCAUUAUGCCGAUUGGGAUUGACUUUGAACAGCUGCGGUCGGACAGAGAGACGAUCAUCCUGAAUAGAAUGAGUGCUCGCUACAACGAAUUGCAGAAGCUUGCGGGCAACAUGGCACAUUGGGACACGGCACAAGACGAGGUUGUACCCGACGAGAGCCUUAAGCGAAAAGCGAUCAUCGAAAUGAUGAAGAUUCAGCUCUAUUCCAAGCAGCGCGCUUUCCGUGAGAAGGCUGGACGUCUAAUGAUCAACUAUGACAAUCUUGCAAUGACAACCAACCGCAGCCAUUACCGACGGAUGAAGAAACAGAAUGUGCGCGAGGCUCGUAUAACCGAGAAGCUCGAGAAGGACCAGCGUAAUGCCAGGGAGAUUCGGGAGAGGAAGAAACACACCGACUUCCUGCAAGCCGUAUUCACUCACAGAAACGAAAUGCACGCAUCAGCGCAGGCUCAACAAUCAAAGAUGAGCAGGCUAGGCCGCUGGAUGACAAACCACCACAGUAACAUCGAGAAGGAGGAGCAGAAGCGUAUUGAGCGCAACGCCAAGCAACGUCUACAAGCCCUGAAGGCUAACGACGAAGAAGCCUACUUGAAGUUGCUCGACCAAGCCAAGGAUACCAGAAUCACUCACCUGCUUAGGCAAACCGAUGGCUUCUUGCACCAGCUCACUGCAUCGGUUAAGGCGCAGCAGCGACAAGCUGCAGAGCGCUACGGAGGAGAGGAGAUCAUCGAUGACGAAGAACUACCGGACUCGGAUGACGAAGAAAGCAACCGCAAAAUUGACUACUACGCUGUGGCCCACCGUAUCAAGGAGGAGGUCACGGCGCAGGCCAGCAUCCUGGUUGGCGGUACGCUGAAGGAGUACCAGAUCAAGGGUCUCCAAUGGAUGAUCUCGCUGUAUAACAACAACCUCAACGGUAUUCUUGCGGAUGAGAUGGGUUUGGGCAAGACAAUUCAGACGAUCAGUCUAAUCACUUAUCUGAUUGAGAAGAAGCAGCAACACGGCCCUUACCUGGUCAUUGUUCCCCUGAGUACAUUGACCAACUGGACUCUGGAGUUUGAAAAGUGGGCACCCUCAGUGACUCGCGUGGUCUACAAGGGUCCGCCAAACGCCAGGAAACAGCAGCAAGAUAAGAUUCGCCAAGGCAGGUUCCAAGUGCUUCUCACGACAUACGAGUACAUCAUCAAGGACCGCCCGAUUCUGAGCAAGAUCAAAUGGUUCCACAUGAUCAUUGACGAGGGUCACCGUAUGAAGAACAGCAACUCCAAGCUCACCUCAACCAUCCAACAAUACUACCAAACCCGUUUCCGUCUCAUUCUUACCGGUACCCCUCUGCAAAAUAACCUCGCGGAGCUGUGGGCUAUGCUCAACUUCACGUUGCCCAACAUCUUCAAGUCCGCCAAGACUUUCGAUGAGUGGUUCAACACACCCUUCGCCAACACCGGAGGCCAGGACAAGAUGGAGUUGACAGAAGAAGAGCAGAUUCUCGUCAUUCGCCGUCUACACAAGGUUCUCCGACCUUUCUUGCUUCGUCGUCUCAAGAAGGAUGUCGAAAAGGAUCUGCCAGACAAGACCGAGAAGGUCAUCAAGUGCAAAUUCUCAGCAUUGCAGUCACGCCUGUACAACCAAAUGGUCAAGCACCAAAAGCUUGUUGUCAGCGAUGGCAAGGGAGGCAAGACUGGUGCUCGUGGUCUGAGCAACAUGAUCAUGCAACUCCGAAAGCUGUGCAAUCACCCGUUCGUGUUUGAUGAGGUUGAGAAUCAGAUGAACCCCACCAACACCAGCAACGAUCUACUUUGGCGUACCGCAGGCAAGUUCGAGCUGUUGGAUCGAGUAUUGCCCAAGUACAAGGCUUCAGGCCAUCGUGUCCUCAUGUUCUUCCAGAUGACUGCGAUCAUGGACAUUAUGGAGGACUUCUUGCGCUUCAGAGGCAUACAGUACUUGCGCCUGGAUGGUACCACCAAGUCAGAGGAUCGAUCUGAUUUGCUUUACCAGUUCAACCGCCCAGACUCGCCCUACUUCAUGUUCUUGCUUUCUACUCGUGCUGGAGGUCUUGGUCUCAACUUGCAAACUGCCGACACUGUCAUCAUCUACGAUUCGGACUGGAAUCCCCAUCAAGAUUUGCAGGCCCAAGAUCGUGCGCAUCGUAUCGGUCAGAAAAACGAAGUCAGGAUCCUUCGAUUGAUCAGCAGCAGCUCCGUUGAAGAGAAGAUUCUGGAUCGUGCGAGGUUUAAGCUUGACAUGGACGGAAAGAUUAUCCAGGCAGGUCGUUUCGACAACAAGUCGUCCGAAACUGAUCGUGAUGCCAUGCUCAGAACGCUGCUAGAAACAGCCGACAUGGCAGAGAACGGAGAGCAGGAAGAAAUGGAUGACGAGGAACUCAACAUGAUCCUGGCGCGUAACGAGGCCGAACUCGCAAUCUUCCAGGAGAUGGAUGAACAGAGAUCUAAAGAUCCAAUUUACGGAACUGCCGCAGGAUGCAAGGGUGUUCCACGUCUGAUGGCGGAGACCGAGCUACCUGAGAUCUACCUUGGUGAUGGUAACCCUGUCGAGGAGGAACAGGAAACCAUACUGGGACGCGGCGCUCGUGAAAGGACCAAGGUCAAAUAUGACGAUGGCUUGACGGAGGAGCAAUGGCUUAUGGCUGUCGAUGACGAUGAUGACAGUCCCGAGGCAGCAGCUGCACGUAAGCAGGCGCGCAAGGAUAAGAGAGAGACCAACCGGCUGAAGAGGCUAGCGGCUGGCAUCGCAUCACCAGAAAACUCGCCGACGGCCAGUCGUGCAAGCACUGAGGAGCCACAAAUAGAAACUCCUGUCAAGAAGCGCGGGCGCAAACCGGGCAGCAAGAAUGUCGAAAAGCGCAAGGCGGAGGAUGGCGACGAUGAACCGCCAGCAAAGAAACGCAGGGGUCCACAAGGAAGGCCAAAGGCGGUCAAAACCGGCUCUCCCCAUCGCGCUUUGCUGCAGAAGAGUCUCGGCAAUCUUUACGAAGCUCUUAUGGAGCUGGAGGUUGAUGACAUUGAUCCCGAGGCCAAGGAUGAGGAUGACGAGCCCCUCAAGCGACUUAUCAUUGGUCCUUUUAUCAAGCUGCCGCCCAAGCGCGACUUCCCUGAUUACUAUCAGUUUAUUGCCAAACCCAUCGCAAUGAAACAGAUUGAAACCAGGAUAAAGAAGGAGGAAUACAGCAACCUGAGCGAUCUGAAGAGUGACAUCGAGCUUCUUUGCAACAACUGCCGUCAGUACAAUGAAGAUGGCAGCAUCCUUUACUCGGAUGCAAACAUAAUAGAGAAAUUCUUCAAUGAAAGGCUCGAGGCUGAGCUCAGCUCCCAUCCGGAACUGCAAGAACUGGAGGUUGGUAGCAGCAAAGACCAUGACACUUCAGUUGCCCCGUCAACCGCGACCGGCACGCCUCAACCGGCGGCGGCCACAGCAACAAGGAUCAAGAUAGUGACGAACGGGACAAACCAACCGAACGGCACUACCAAUGGUAAUGCAGGAGAAGAAGAAUGAGAAAUGCUUCGAUGGUCGGUUGCAGUUUGCUGGGUUGCGAAGGUUGAGGCGUUCGAGGAUCAGGGGCCUGGGUUAAGUUCCCUUCCUGCCCAUGGCUGUUUGUUAUUGUUAUUAUCUCUUCUUGUUGCUGGAUUCACUUCUUUGAAGUUUUCUUCCCCUUCUUCUUUUUUCUCAUUAUACAUUAUCUUUGCCGAGGCAUAUGGGUGUUCUUGGCUCUCGAGCAACACGCCCCAUCGAGAAGGAGCAAGGUUAGCUUGACUGAGACUCAUGUUCGUCUUCUUUUACUCGGCCGUCCUACUCUCCUUUGUCUGCCCUCAUUACCACUUCUUUGCCCCGUCUGUAUUACACAAAAGGAGUCACGAACGCGAGCGAGGAGGGCGUUGAUACGGCAUUUAAUUGUUUCUGUGCACACCGCGAAAGACAUUGGGAAUUUGGGGUUUACUUUGUGUCUGGGAUACACUACUGUAUUUUUUUUUUAUUCUUUUUUUGUUCUUCUCAACUUGAUUGAUUGGACGGUGAAGUUAGCACAGCCCGCAGAAAUUGACAUAAAUUUCGUCCG